AUGGCGGGGAUGGACCCACGUGGCGGUGACACCAGCCCCACUUAUCAGCCGAGGCAGUGCAGGACACACAGCGUCGGGCUGCCGGCAAGGACCUCCUUGUUGCAGAAACCUCCACCCACCGGAAGUGACAUCGCAUCCCCGAUACCUCGCCGUCACUCUGCCGCCCCCACGGUGGCGCCUCCGCCGAUUCCUCUCCGACCACCAGAGAUCCCGAAGAGAAACAAGAACGAGCGGCCCAUCCCGAUCCAGAAGCCAACCCCGAGAUUCGAGCCGAACAAGAGAGAUGACAAGGCGGCCGAGAGUGCGCCGAUUUCCGCACCGAUUUCCGCAUUUCCACCGCGAGCUAACCAGACCUCGAUCCAAUGGCGCCAGCCAGAGCCAGCCGACAAGAAGCUGAUAGACCUGGACGCCUUCAGGAAGAACGACAACUACGUCCUGGCCUUCGAGAAGGAACCCCAGAGCGCGAAGACUCAGUCCUUCGUGGCCGACUUCGAGAAGGCAGACUUCGGGAAGAGCGACGAGAACGAGAGACAGAAGUCCAACUUCGAGGAGCUGCAGAAGGCGUCGAAGGACCUGGAGAAGAGGUUGCAGGAGAGGGAACACCCGGUGUCCAAGUUUAUCGACCAACAGAGGAAGCCUACGAAGAGGCCCCAGACUCACCUGGAGAAGGACAGGUCUCACCGAGACAGGCCCUGCUUCGAGGACCUCCAGGGCGAGCAGCAACUCCAGCGCACCAAGUACGAGGCUGACAUGGAGAAGGCGAGGAUCAUGCUGCAGAACAGCCUGAAGAAGGAGAAGAGCGCCUGCGAGAGGUUGGAAAAGCUCGAUAAACUGGAGAAGUUGCCCAAGGCUACCCAGACGAACAUCCCUCCACCUUUGAGCUCGAUCUGCCAGAGUCCGGUUCCCAAACCCAUCGGGACCAGGCAGGACAGCACGGUGUCAUCGGACAGCUUCAGCCAGACCAGUUCUCCGAGUUACACCAGCAAAACCAUGGACGCUCCUCUGCUGCCUCACAAACACGUCAAUGGCAAAGUUCCAGGUAGAGCUCUGGCGCCGGAUAUGGAGAACCCACCUGGAAGUCCCAUCACGAAGUCUAUGAGCACCCCUGCGAGCUUGCAGACCAUCGUCAGGUUCCACAACGGAAGCAACACCUCCCUGCACCACAAGAUCAUCGGCAACAUCAGAAGGCCCAGCAGCCAUUAUGUCACCAGGGAGAGGCUUCGCUUCAGGUUCAUCCAGGUGGUCGUCAACGCGGUGGCUCUCCUGGCCAUUGCCGGGGGCUUUGCUGCUUACUUCAAGUGGUAUCCGGCACAUCUCGUGAAAUUCGAGAACAAGACCCUCCCCGAUCCGGGGGUGGUUGUGAUCUCGGAGCCAGUUAGAUUGGAAGUGGAGCAGAAGAACCCAGCUCCGGGAAUCUGCCUGCCCGUCAUUGUGACGUUUUGCCAGAAUCACAAGAUCCCGUACAACUUUACCGUGUUCCCGAAUUACAUGGGCAACUUCGGCCAGCCGGAAGCCCAGCUGGAGCUGGAGCUUUACAAUGCGGUGGUGGACGUGAGGUGUUACGAGCUGGCCGCGUUGUUCCUCUGCACAGUGUUCGUGCCCAAAUGUGGAUCCAAGGGCCAAGUGGUGCGGCCCUGUCGCAGCCUCUGCUACCAGACCAAACGGCGUUGCGGAUUUUUCUUGGAGGUGUUCGGACUGAAUCUCCCGGAUUACUUGGAGUGCGACCUCUUUCCGGAAAAUCCGGACGCUGACAAGUGCGUUGGACAUCUGGAGGUCGUCGAAGCUGCAAGACGCGCCGAGAAACAUGUAUGCACCAGUGGCUUCCAAUGCGACGGAACCAGAUGCAUUCCGGUCGAUUGGAGAUGCGAUGGCCAUGUGGACUGUGCGGAUAAGAGCGACGAGCUGGGAUGCGGUGAGUGCACUUCGACGAGUGGGCCGGCAAUUGCCGGGAAAAAGGGGAAGAAAACGGGAAUGAAGAACGUUUUCGCCAAGCCGCUCAUCCAUUGCGGGGAGAGGAGGUGCAUGUCUUCGUCCCACAUAUGCGACGGCGUCAUGGACUGUCCCUGGGGCCAGGACGAGAGGAAUUGCCUGAGGCUCAGCGAGAGGAACGGCGACGUCGGCAAGGGGAGGCUGGAGGUUUACCACGCGGAGAAGGGAGCCUUCUUACCGGCCUGCGUGACGCGGUGGGAGGCCACAUCGGCACAGGCCAUUUGCUCGUUUCUGGGAUACUCGGUCGCGAACUCCUCCACCUUGUACGUCAGGGGCACCAACGUCACCCCCAUGGAGGAGAAGGUGGAGAUCCAGCAAUGGCCACUGGCGCACAAACCCCAUGUGAACUUGCUCAAGGAAUUUCAAGGAUGCACCGAGCAGAAGGCGCAGCAGACCGUCGAGCUCACGUGCUCCGAAUACGAGUGCGGCAGGAGGCGCCACAAUUAUGGGAAUCUGAGGGCUCAGCCGAGGAUCGUCGGCGGGGUCGAGUCCGCACCUGGUGAUUGGCCCUUUCUGGCAGCUCUCCUAGGAGGUCCUGAGCAAGUCUUUUACUGCGCGGGAGUCCUUAUCGCCGACCAGUGGGUCCUAACCGCGUCCCACUGCGUGGGGAACCAUUCCGAUGUGUCUGGCUGGACCAUCCAGCUGGGCAUCACCAGAAGACACGCUCACACCUAUCUAGGCAGGAAAGUCAAGGUGAAGAGGGUGGUGCCCCACCCCAACUACGACCAGGGCGUCCCCCACGACAACGACGUGGCUCUUUUUCAGCUGGAAAACCGAGUUCAGUUUCACGAACACCUGAGACCAGUUUGUCUACCAACUGCGGAGACCGAUCUCACCCCUGGCACCGUCUGCACGGUGAUCGGCUGGGGAAAGAAAGAGGACACAAAUGGCAUAUUUAUUAUGGACUUCCGAAAUGACGCUCUCUGUUAAAAAAAAAAAAUUUACACUUUUUCUCCUCUAGCCUCGGAAUAUGCACCUGCUGUCAACGAGGUGAAGGUCCCGGUGCUGAACAGGGAGUUGUGCAAUUUGUGUCUCGGGCACAAAUUUAAUGUCACCGACGGCAUGAUGUGCGCUGGGUACCUGGAAGGAGGGAAGGACGCUUGCCAGGGGGAUUCCGGGGGACCGCUGCUGUGCCAGGAUGAGACUGACCAGGAGAGGUGGUUCGUUGGUGGGAUCGUCAGCUGGGGCAUUAAGUGCGCCUAUCCGAAUCUACCUGGAGUCUAUGCCUACGUCCCGAAGUACGUGCCCUGGAUUCACAAGGAGAUCGCAAAGUACUCCGAGAAGGACAAGGGGUAACACAUGGGGAAGAAGGAGGUCUCGAAGAAAAAGAAA